AUGAUGACGACAGGACAUACUCGCAAAACCAAAGCAGUGAAUCGGCAUAAUCUAUUGGAGCGAGUGCAUUGGUGAGGUAGUAAACUUCGCUAACACAGGUUACCGAGAGGGCAAUUUCAUAAUCAACAAGGACGUUUCGGUACACGAGUGUCCCGAGGCUGUAUGUGAGAAUGGAAGCGUAUUUAAAGAGCUGUCGGGACGCGCUGAAGGGUCAUAUAAAGAACAGCUCUGGGCAGCUUCAUGUUGUACUGGGAAAUGAGGCAUGUGAUAUGGACUCUAUGGUAUCAGCCCUUAUUUUUGCCUAUUUUCUGUCAAAGACCUCCAACUCUGUGAAGGCAGCAGUGCCUGUGCUGAACAUCCCACGAGCAGAAUUUCCCUUGCGAUCUGACAGUAUUUUCUUGCUGAGAGAGAGCGGUUUGUCCCAGGACCACCUGCUCUUCAGGGACGAGGUGGACUUGCACAGACUGCAAAAUCUGGCCAUCACAUUAGUGGACCACAACGUUCUACCUGAGGCUGACAGGACACUAGAAAAUGCUGUGGUGGAAGUAAUUGAUCAUCAUCGUUUAGACAGAACCGAGUCUUCCUCCUGUCCCGUUACUGUUGAGCCUGUGGGCUCUUGUGCCACCCUGGUUACAGAGCGCAUUGUCCAGAAGGCACCUGAGCUGCUGGAUCAACAGGUGGCACAGCUCCUAUAUGGCACAAUUAUCACUGACUGUGUCAAUAUGGCACCUGAGGCAGGAAAAGUUACACCCAAAGACAGCCAGUAUGUCAUCCUUCUAGAGAGCCGCUUUCCUAAGCUCCCUCCUCGGAGCAUCCUCUUUCAGUCUCUACAGAAUGCCAAGUUUGAUGUGUCAGGCCUUACCACAGAGCAAAUGUUGUUAAAAGACAUGAAGACUCUAUCAGGAGGAGAUCUAAGACUGGCUGUCAGUGUUAUCUACAUGACACUCGAGGCUUUCCUGCAACGAGAGUUUCUACAACAGGAGCUUUGUGAAUUCUGUCAUAAGCAUAACUACAAUUUGCUUGUGGCCAUGACUAUUUCUUUCAUCGACAAUAAGGAACCUUUCAGGCAGAUGGCGGUUUACAGCUCCAGCUCACGCAACAGGGACGAGGUAAUUAAAGCACUUGAAAAAGCCAGGAACCCCAAUCUGAAUCUCAGUCCCAUGAGCAGUCCGUAUACAGACGUGAAGGCCUACGUUCAGGGCAACACAGUGGCCUCACGCAAGAAGGUGUUUCCCAUCAUUUCAGACUAUCUUAAAGACAGAGAGAGGAAAAUGGAACAGCUGGAGGACCUGGAGCUUGACGAUGAGUGCACACAAGGACAACAGGGCGACUCUCAGCAGUGCUGUGAAGACACCAUGAUGGAAGAGGACUCUGGUGUUCCUCCAACACCCAUGAACAGUUUGGUUGAAGGCUGUCCUUUGGACAAUGGUCUACCUAGAAUCAAUACAGAUGUUCUGGUGGAAAAGGUAAGGAAGAUAGUCAGUGGGGAGGACGAUGAUGGACCAUGAUGGCACACUAGAUUUAUCACUGAGCCUCGCAGCCUGUUAAGUCGAAAAUCAGCCAUUGGAGAAAACUAGUUCUUCUUGCUUAAGUACGGCUGCAUAUACAGCUAGCACAGGGCAGGAAAACCAAAACGGUUUCUUUUUCCCCCGAAUAAGGUUAAUUGGAAAAGCACAUGUUGCUGGUGUCUUGUAUAGGGUACUUGCAUGUUUAGGUGAAGAAGCGAGAUAUGUUCAACAUUUGGACAUAAUUAUCAUGGAUAAUUAUUUGUAUAUUCUUUCCGUAAUAAUAAUUUUUAUUUAUAUUAUUUUAGUCCAGCUGCUCAUGCCAUGGAUGCAUAUUAUAUUCAACUAGUUGAUUAAGAAAUAUUUCCUCAGGUCCUCUAUUAUUUUAAUCUAAAUCUAACAGAAACAUAAUGGCAGGAAGUAGUAAUACUAUUAAUAGUUUCAUUACUUUGGUACGGUGUUUCACAUGUAAAGUGCAUUUAAUCUUCAGUGGUUUUAUCUUAAGGCUGCCUGCACAUACCUUCAUUAAAAAAAACAUUAAUUCAUGUGAAUUAGGCUGUUAUUCAUUCAGUUCUUUAUUUUUAAAGUAAUCUAGUCAUAGUAUUAUUAAUAAAUAACUCUAGAAUUAAUACACAAUCCAAUUGGGAUUUAGAUUACCUUUAGCUUAAAGAAACAUUAUUAAAUAAAUACAUUACACUGUGGUUUUUAUAGUUUUAAAUUUGGGUUUAUAGUACGAUGUGCUGUUGUGGUUUUUUUUUAAUGAGCUUAAAACCUGUGCUGGAAUGCAUUAUGCUUAAACUUUUAUUACGGUUCAUGAAUGAUUACUCAUAUUGCUUACUUAAAUGUGCUAGACAUCAAUACUACUGUAGAUGUUCUGCCUCCAGAAGUUGUUAUAAGGAGGCAUUGCAAGCAUUACAGAUUUUAGCUACUGUAUGUCCUGCUUUAGAUCAUCAGGUGUCAAAGAGCUAAGUGAAUUUAUAGCAUAAAACAUUAAAACGUGAUCUUUUUCCACUUUUGCCUCGAGAGCCAAGUAAUUUAAUGCAGCUGAACUGUAGCUCAAACUGCUGUGCAUGCGAACAAGCUUAUUUCAUGAGAAUCGUCUGCAGGCAGUUUGCAAGAAGACUUUUGUACGAAAUUACCAAAGAGUAUUAAAGCAAGAUUCAGCUUGUUCAGUGUUUAUUUCUACAUAGGUAAUGUGUGCAUAGCUUUAUCAUCUUAGUCAUUAGUUUUUUUUAUAAAAUUUAUUUAAUUGGUAAUGCAAAUAUUAGGUACAUUAUGCAAGAAUAAUUUGUGCGUUUUGUAUUUUUUUAUCACAUAACAAUUAUUAAGUAUUAUUAGCAUGCAAAGAAAUAUAUUUAUAUAGUAAAAUUAAUCUAAAUUAAGUCUGAUAUUGAUUGCAAGAGAAUCAGGUUUGUGAUCCAUCAUAGGUAUUGUACUGGCAGCUUUUAGAUAAACGACAUGACAUGGGACAUUGGUGAGAGUUGUGGUUUUGUAGUUGUUGUAGAAGUACAGUUAUCUAAAGGAUCAAUGUAAAUUCAAUCACUGUGAAUAAUUUUUGGCUUUUUAUAAAGGAACAUGACAUUUCAUAUGUGUUUUUACAUGACGAAUAUGACAGAUUGUAUAUGUACUGUAUUCUGGUCUGUGGGGUUGUUAUUUGACAGGAAGAAUACACUUGUGACCACUUUAUUAGGAACCAUUCUAUGUAAACUCUAGGUCCUGCUGUGUGUGGGAAUUCCAGGAGAUCAGCAGUUUCUGAAAUAUUCAAAUCAGCCCACCUGGUACCAAAUACCAUGCCAUGGCUAGUAACUGAGAUCACAAUUUUUUCCCCAUUCUGAUGUCUGAUGUGAACUUCACCCCUAUCUGCAUGAUUAUUUUGGCCUUGCGCUACUGCCAUGUCAUAGCUGCUUUGAUAACUGCAUGAAUGUGCAGGUGUACUGGUGUUCCUAAUAAAGUGGACAGUGUGUGUAUAUUUUUUUAAGGAUAGAAUUAGUUAGCUAUCAGUCUAACAGUCCAAAAGAUAUUUGACAAUAUUUAAAGCUGUAUGGUUUACACAUGGUGUAUAUGUGGUUUAAAUUAAGCUGGACAAUCAUAUCCCAGUGUGUUUUUGUCUUCUGUUAAUUCUAGGGCCUUUUCUUAUUUCAGCGUUCUGCUACAAAUUAGUUUAAUAAAAACAAGAAUGUUUUGUGACUGUGAA